UCAAAACACAUAACCUCAAUUGUUGUUUAUUUUCAUUGCAUUUUUGAAUUUUUCACAAAGUUCAAGUUUAUUUAAAAAAAAAUGAAACCACCGACUCAAGAAACAGUUGCAAAGUUUCGUGUAGGAUGUUAUUCGGAAAAGAAUCCUGAUGAAUGUCACUCUCUGGGCUUGUACUUGAAGCGAGUUGAAAAUGAUUUGCUGAAAGCAGUGAAAUUGUUUAAAGUCAAUUGUGAUGAAUACAAACAUGCCAAAUCAUGUUUGGAGUAUGGAAAUGUCGCAUUCGGUGGAGUCAAAGAGAAAAAUGUGAAAUCAGAUCCGAUCGAAGCUUUAAAAUAUUUCGAAAAGGGUUGUAGUUUUGGCAGUAGUGAAAAUUGUUUAAAUUCAGGACUGUUACUUGUGUCACCUUUAUUGGAAAAAAGCGCAUUACCUAGAGAUAUUCCAAAGGGCAUGGAUUAUUUGACCAAAAGCUGUAACAUGGACAAUGGAAAUGCUUGUUUUUAUCUAUCGGGACUGUAUAUGUCGGGCGCCAGCUCUACCAUCAAUUCACAGUCAAAUCAAAAUAAUGAACAAUCGCCGGCAGUUGAAAAGCCCAGAAAUGCAUUUGUACUUGAAAAAGACAUGAAAAAAGCAUUUGAAUUGACAACAAAAGCGUGUUCGUUGAAUAAUUUCUUUGCAUGUGCAAAUCUUAGCAAUAUGUAUGCACGAGGAGAUGGCACCGAGAAAAAUCUAGAAAAAUCCGAACAAUUCAAAAAGAAGGCUGACGAACUCCGUGACGAAAUGAAUCGUCAACGAAUUUUAAGCAGCUUCAAUCAUCCUUAAGCCAUCGUUUAAAUGUUAUUUAAUGUAAAUAUAUACAUAUAUAUCAUCACUAUUUGGCUAGUAAAAAAUUCGUUGGAAAAAUUA